AUGCCAAAUCUCACGUCCUGGGGCCUUAAGCUUUUACGCCUAUCGUCACAAAUCUCUACCAAUUUUCACGCAGGUUUCAAGAAGGAGCAACUCCGGGUCCAAACCAGCAGCGCCGGGGACCUGACUGUCACCGGCGAAUGCCCUCUCAACGACCAGAGAUGGAGCCGAUUCCGCAAACAAUUCAAGCUCCCGAAGGAGUACAAGCUCGACGAAACCCGUGCCAAGCUGGCCGGCGGCGUCCUCCACGUCAUAGUGCCCAAGAAGACGCCUCCCCAGGCCGCCGACGUCACACGCGAAAACCCACAAACAGGCGGUGGGCUAGGACGAAGCGGCAGCGGGACGACGCCGGGCGGGAUGAACGACGGCAUGUUGUGGCUCCGGACAUCGUCUUGGGGAUUGGGCAUCGAUAAGAAGAGGGCUCUGAUGGCUCUGGCGGUGGUGGCUGCGCUGGUUGGGGUUGGAGUUGGCGGGUUCUUGAUUUGGAGAUAUCUGAUUAUAUGA